UUCCCAUUAAAAAAAAGACCUACGCAGCUUUCUAAAUGGCUGCUGUGACUGUCUGUCGUAGUAGGUUGUGGGCAGGUACAGGCCGCGCUGUUUCGUAGCAGCUCGGGAUGGAGGAGACCUGGACAAGUGAAAGGAGCCGAGCCAAGGUUUGAGGCCUAGCACCGUGUGAUGCAAAUGCAGAUAUGUUGUAUGUGGUGGGGACCUGCUGUACAUUUCAUGGAAAGAUGCCAUGUCUUGGACUGAGGAUGUCUACCCAUGGGAGCACUUGCACGGUCUAGAAUGACUCCUGGUGCCUCGUUUGCCUCCGCCUUCAACCAAGAGUACCUGUUACAUGUAUAACAUUUGCCAUGGAAAGCAGGCAGAGUGGCCAAGAAAAAAUUGCUGUGACAAAGUCCAGUUUGUCCAUUUGUGACAACCAUGAAAGCAUCCCUAGUGAUGGUGAUUCAGGGAAGGUGGAAACCUCCUGUGGAGAGACUGCAGCGUGUCUUGAUGUGCAAAGUGCUGGGAAGCCAAAGAAGGCUCAUUUCAAAUUUUUUGGUGGAAAGAAGAGCAUUUGCACCCUUCCCAGCUUUUUUGGAGGAAAGCACAAAGGCCUUGGCAAGGGAAACCUUAGGAAAGGAUUAAGCAAAAGUAAAACCCACGAUUGUAUCAGUGAUGUACAGACUGCAGACAGGAAGAAAUUCUUUUCAGAUAGCUCCAGCAUCAAGUUACAUGGGUUGGAGUUGACCAGUGUAGGAACAUGCCUCACUAGCUCUCAUAGUGCAGACUUGAAUGUAACGACUCCAGCUCAGUUUGACUUAAGCUUUCAUGAUGCAUCUCCCCAUGGCAGCACCGACUGCUUUGACAAAAAAAUAAAUGGAGAUAAGCCUCUUUUGUUCCCUAGACCAAAGAAGGGCCUAAAGGGACUGUUCAGUAGCAUCCGUCGCCACAAAAAAAACAAAAUACCUGAUGUGGAAAAAUCGGAGCAUAGUGUUCGUGCUGCACCCUGUGUUGUUCUAGAACAAGUAAAUACACCAGAACCAGAGAAGAUUCAAGAAGAAGGAAACAAACAAACCGAAACAGAAUGUCUUCCUGCUGAAGUAUCGCAGGAGCUCUCCCUGAGCACAUCUGUGGGCACAGAAGAGACAGAGUCUUUAGUAUGUUUGUCAGAUGUUGCUCCAGUACCCUCAAGUGAACACCCUGUAGAACCUGAUGACCUAAGUUCCCUUAACAAAGGCCAAUCCUUAGAUGCCGCGCUUGAUUCCGCAGCUAUUUGUUCCAGUGACGAUGGGAUAUUUUCUGAGAUUGUACAUCCAGAUGGCAUAGAAAAAGUCCCUCUGUCUUCUGGUGACCAGAUCAGCCUUAUAUUUGAAGAUGUCUCUUCACUCAAGAGUUUUGACUCUUUAACAGGCUGUGGGGAUAUUAUUGCUGAUCAGGACAUUGACGCUGUUAGUGAUAAUGCCAUAUCUAUGGAGCAAACCAGGGAAACAACUAAGCGAAGCUCCUGUCUUGUUACAUACCAAGGAGGAGGUGAAGAAAUGGCAACCCCAGAUGACAUGGAGGAGGAAUAUCUCCAACAACUGUUGGAGGAUGCCAAUGAAGCCGAAGAAAGUUAUGAACUAAAUGAUGAAAAGGAAGCAACCAAAGUACGAACAGCAUUUAGUCAAGUGGAGACUGCUGCCUACCCUUUGUGUGCACAAGAUCCCUUUAUUGAUAGAGCUAUACUGAACAACACCGAGUUACUGACCCCUCAGAGUGAUCAGCAAGAGUCUGCUCCAAAUAGUGAUGAAGGGUACUAUGAUUCCAACACACCUGGUCCCGAAGAUGAUUCCAGAGAUGGCUUUAGUCAUAAAGAACGUCUCCCUAGAGACAGCUAUAGUGGAGAUGCUCUCUAUGAAUUCUAUGAACCCGAUGACAGCCUUAUGAGCCCUGCACCUGCAGGAGAGUCCCUAUAUGAGACGAAGACACCAUGCUCUGAAAUUUUUGAGCAGUUUUUUGACUUCAGUCUUACCAGUGGUAAUGAUUUAAUUCAAGAUCAUGCUCUUAAGAAAUGUGCGACUGAAACGGAAGAGGAACGACUGGCGGUUAUUCAGAAACAACUUCUCUUUUGGGAAAGACAAAGAGAAGCUGCUUUGAAAGAAAUGGGGCAUGUAAACAAAAUGGUUUUUCCCAAAGAAGAGCAAAAUGUGGAAUGUAAGAAUAAAGCAGAUAUAUCAUGCCAUAAUAAGGACGGUCAUCUUAAUGACCAUAGUGUUCUGCAAAAUCUGAGCAAAGGGGGAGUAAACAGGGUAACUCAAAAUUCACUUACUGAAAAACAGAGUUGGAAUAACUCUCGGGACACUUCUUUUAGAGACUCUUACUACAAAGGAAGUUACAUCCAGCAGUUAGAUAACAGCCUUAUGAAUGAUCCACGUUUUGAGUUGAAUGUACCUAGCCUUGGAACUCAAGACAAAAGUAAUAACAGAAAAAUAAACACUGGUGUUUUUCCUAGCUCUAGGCUUAACCCUGCGCAUCACAGACAGAAUGUGUUUGGCUCUGCCCUAGACUGUCCUAAGGAAAAUGAAUGUGAGCAGGUUGUUAAUUUUUCACAAACCUUUGCCGAGUUUACCAAUAACACUACAUUGUUCUCAAGUAUUUCUGAUUGUCUAGUUAGUACUGGAUCUAGCAGCUCAUUCCAUCACGAUCUAAAUGCUCUACCCACCAUGGUUACAUUUGAUGUUGUUGACGUCGAAAAUGAAGGUGAAUGUGAACAUCAAGUUGAUCUUAGCCCAGAUGAGGCAGGAGUUUCAUCAUUUGAGACCUUUGACCAUUGCUAUGUACAGGAGUCUUUAGCCGACUGUGAAGAAAUGUUUCAAACAGAUCUCCCAAGCCCACUUCAAAGCUAUAACUGGGGUGUCACCAGUCUUCCUCGGCAAUUUGGCCACUACAAACUUUCUUCAUCUAUGCCAGCACCACUGUCCUCCAACAGACGAAGCAGGUCUCUAGACACAGAAAAUUUAGAGAUUGAACUCGGUGCUGUGCGUUUAUCUAAAAGUGGGCUAAGAUCUUAUGAUUUCCUUGACCCAUGGGAGGAUGGAAAAAACGCUUGGCGUUAUGAGAAUGAAUGCUUCCGUGCCCAUGAGACAGAAUGGGGUGGCUGCAAUUUCUUGGAGCAAAGUAGUCAAACACCUAGGCAGUUCAAUCAGUACUCGCCCUCUGUACCUUUAAACCAUGGUUACAGCAGAGCAAUUGAAGGAAUAAUUCCAAGCAAACAGCUGCCACUCAACAGCAGACAGAUGGCAAAGACAACUGAUCCACCCUUGCAGUGUAACCCAAGGCAGUCCCAAGAGGUCUCCACCAUGUGUGGAUAUCCUGCAGAACAAACUACCAAAAAACUUGCACUUGUGUUACCUCUUGAAGAUAGAAGGGGGGUGGGUAUCCAUCAGAGCUCUUAUAAAUCUCAUAUAUCGGGCAAACCAGUUGGCAUUACACAGGCAAUGCCUCAGCAAAACAAAAAUAAUGAAGAUUUUAUAAAACCGCCAGCAGAUUACAAGGGACACUUACUGAAGAGACCAGUGGAGCAAGAGGUUUCUGCUAAUGACACUUGGGCUAAUACCUACACUGAAUGUACUGGUAGUUAGUUCAAACCUAAAGUUUAUGCCUCAGUGUUGUCAUAACAGAUUGGAGUCUAGCAGGAGAAGUUGCUCAAAGUAACUUUUGGUGAGGACCAUUUACAAUUGUUCAGCUUUGUUUAACAAAGGGCAGGCUUACUUUAUUUUUCUCCAUAAAACUAGGAUAUUGCAGUUGUCUAAUUUCUACAACUGCCAGGGAACAAAAUACAUUUCUAGUUUGAUUGUAUUAAAUAAGCACUCUCAGUUGCGGGAGGCAAAUGUAUUCUUGAAUGUGACACAGAUCUGAGAUAACACUUUUAUGUAUGUGGUUUUGUCAUUUGUAAUGCAGAGACUUAUUACAUUCACUUGUGGCCAGUACCUACUGCUGUUUAAUUCCAGGUGCACAUUUAUUUUUUUCUUCUAUUAUUAACCUAUUGCCCUGUCUCUUGUGUGUGGUUUUUUUUUUUUUUCUUCCAAACUUGCUUGGACAAAGAAUUAUCUUACUGCUUGCUAGAAUGUGGCGGUAUAAUAUUCUAGAAGCCAGCAUUUCUAAGUAAGAAAGCUAGCUUUCACUGCCUAUAGACAGGGUAAAUGUUACAUGACCUUCUUUAGUCCAUUCUCAUUCUGUUAGUUCUAGCAUGGUCCCUUACCAUUUUGCACACCCUCAGCUCCAAAGACAAAAAGGUAUUCAUUCCAUAUGGAUGUACAUAAAGUGGAAUGGAAUGUAUUCUAUGUAUACUCUGCUGAAGAAAUGAUAGACUGUUUUUUUCAGAAGGUGAAUUGCUAACUACCAUCUGUGUUGUAAGGUCUUUCAUAACCAUAUUAUAAAAAUACUUAAAUAUUAUGACUAGUUUAACUCUUAAGUUGCAGGUGGGUAUGACUUUCUGCUUUUCUCCAUAAUGUUGUCACAAUGUUCUCUGCUUGUCAGAUUAUAGUUAUCAGCUCACACAGUAUUAGUGAUUCUCCUCACCUAUAAUAGGAUGCUGUCAGUGAUCAUUUAAGCUGUUCCUUCACUUUUACUUGAAAAAGCUUCAGCCACAUAAGCCAUUACCCUUGCUCUUGUUUAUGCUGGGAAACCCUUACUUUUGUUUAAAAUAAGCUUGUUGAUGACUCUCUUAUUCAUUCAAGUCAUGAAAUACAGUAUCUAAUAGAAGAAGUCUAAGGGUAAGGGCACACGGGCAGAAAAAUCGACAGUGGAAACUUCGGGCCGCGAGUGCCAUCCCGCUGGCGAUUUUUCAUUCUAGCAGUUUGGGGAGAUUGUCCCCUCCCCGAAGAAGAGGAGAUUAGUCACCAGGGCUACUAAUCUCCCUGAAUCUGCCCGUGUGCCCUUACUCUAAAGUAGGUUUUCUUGAAAAAUGUUUUACCACAGUGAUAUGGAGGUCAAGAAAAACUCGACCCAUACCAAACACUAACCCACUGCUCCUCCACCCGCACCUGACCCUAACCUGGCAUGCCUCUGUCUGCGCCUACCCCGCCCUGUUAUGAUGUCAUGGAAGGGGGCAGGGCCAAGCAGCCACAAGUCUUUAAAAGGCAGUCAGUAGAGGCUAAGCUGGCGGAUGGGAGAGUGGAAGUUCAACCCGUACCGGUCCACUUGCUUUAGGCUUGUUGAUAUUUUAGAACAGGAAUACACAAGCUAUAACCUACCGCCCACACACUACCUAUAAUUAAAUCCUGACCAUUGCUUUUUGCAACUCUAUGUUCCACUACACUUAGGCUAAGCCUUACCUUUGCUAUAGUUGUAUGUACGAUGCAUGUUUGAAAAAUGGCAGCAUAGAGUAGCAGUUAUAGGCAUUUCCAAUGAAAAAAAAAAAAAUGCUAUGCAGAUAUAAAAUACUGUUGUUUUAUUCAAUUAGGAUGGCCAUUCUUUUCCAUGUGUAUACUGGAAUAAGGUUUUAACCAGCAAAUUCUUAAUCUGGAAAAAACCGCAUUUUAUUUAGGAGUGCAUAAUGAUCCAAUAGUGAGUAAACUGUAUUAGCAAUCCAUAGAUUUUCUGUUGUUUUUACAAAUCACAGUAUUUAUGAUUUUUAUGAUAUUAGAAGGGCAAAUUCACGUGCUGACAUUUUCUAUGCAUUGGAGCAUUCCUGAAUUUGUCUUUCAAUCAAUUUCUUGGUACUUAAAAUUAAUUUGAAAGCUAACGGCAGAAAAGGGAAUUCUCCCCUGGGAACAAGCAGAAACCAAAGAAGUAGGUAUUGACACAAUGCAUUUAGCCACCCAACUGAGAUACAUUCAUGAGGAAGAAUUAGCCUGGAGCUUUACAAGCUGUCCCUUUAUUAGUUAGUAGAACAGACUCUAUUGUUAGUGAAGAUGAGAUGUCAUAGUGACCAUUGCACAUUACAUGUUGAUUUUUUGCUUUUAUUUUUUUGCAAACAAGUCCUGGUCCUUUAUGAUCACUUUUUACAAGACCCAGAAUUCAGCCAAGGGCCUACUGAUUAAUUAAAAAUUUAAAAGCCGACUUUUCAUGCCAACAAUUCUGUGGCAGUAACCAGAACAGGCAAAUUAUUCUAUACACUACAAAGGAAUUCCUUAUUUCAUGCAAAUCUUGGUGUAUUUUUUUUUGUGUUGGACAACAGUGCUUUAUUGUAUGUGCCACACGUCACUAGUAUGUUUCACAUUUCGAUGGGAACCUACCUAGUAUUUUAUUUUAUAUAUCUAUAUUUUUUUUUAUGAAGAACUCCGCUGUAGAUAUGGAAUUGUAAUUUAUUACUGGCUAUUUUUAAAUAAAGGCAGAAAACGUAAUCCUGUUUUUUGUUUCCAUGUGGAAGGACAAUAAACUCACCUUUGCUACCAA